UAUGAUUUGCGCAAACGCAGUAAAUGAGAAAGUAGGAGUAAAUCGUGGUUGGUAUUCUGUGGUAGAAUUCUAGAAUUCAUCUAUGGUAGGAGUGCUGUAAUCGUAGAGGUUGGAUGGAAUGGGUUGGUGUGGAUAUUGCGUUUCACCACACCAAAAAAACAGGAGAAUAUGCUGGAGUGAAAAUCAGUUUAGAAGACAGCCUUCUGCUGGGCCUCAUCAUUUUCACAUAGAAGACUUGGAGUCGCCGCUUUCUCCAUGAUUUGAUGGCUAGCAUUGAAAUGCCUCCACUUAAAAGCAGUGAUUCAUCAGGUGGCAGAGUAUCAACUGUAGGACAGCAACGUCACUUGACCACAUCUCCACUGAUUGGCAACGAAAUUUCAAGUACUUCUGCAAUUGACAAGAAGUUUUCAUGUCGUCACUAUGCUUCCAAAGUGCUUCAAAAUUUGAACUUACUUCGCCAAAACACCAGAUUUUGUGAUGUGGAGAUUGUUGCAGGUGGCAGAGUUAUGAAGGCUCAUCGCGCUGUCCUGUCUGCUAGUAGCCUGUACUUCCAGGCAAUGUUUACAACAGGACUGCUAGAAGAACAGAUGGAUACGAUAGAGUUGCAUGACAUACCUCCGCAAAUCCUUAACAGUCUGAUUGACUUCAUAUAUACAGGUGAGAUCAACAUCAACCAAGAAAAUGUGCAAGAAUUGAUGGUUGCAGCAGAUAUGCUGGAAUUGAAAGAAGUUGUAGUUGGAUGUACAGAUUUUCUGAAACAUGAGCUUCAUGCAACUAAUGCUGUUGGAAUCUACAGAUUUGCUGAAGGCCACAACUGUGAGGAACUAGCAAAUAUGGCUGUUGAAUUUAUUCAGCUACAUUUUCCAAAAAUUUGCAAUGAAGAGGAAUUCUUUGAGCUUCCAAAAGAGUUGCUGACAAAAUUUCUUUCUAGUGAACACUUAAGAGUUGAUACUGAAUUUCAAGUGUUCCAGGCUGCCAUGAGAUGGAUCAUGCAUGAUGUGACUAAGCGCCGUCGUUAUGUAUUUGAGAUCUUGUCGCACGUACGUCUGCCAUUGCUGUCUUUGUGUCUCUUGGAGCGUGCGAUCAAUGACUGUGGGGAUGGAAGUCUCAAAGUUGCUCUUCGUUCAGUACGUAAGGAUCUUGUUACUAAGAAAGGAAGUUUGGUACCUCUUUAUGUCCACCCACGUCUAUGUGCUAAGAAAGACAUCUUUGUGAUUGGUGGUUCAAAACGGGAACUUGUAAGUGCAUGGACAAGAUCUUCGGAGUGCACUUAUGAGUCAGUGGAAAGAUUCGACACAUUUCGGAGAGAGUGGUGCCGCGCAUCACCCAUGGGCAUCGGGCGGAUACUUCCAGGUGUGGCGACUCUUAAUGGAAGAAUCUUUGUUGUUGGUGGAGAACAGGAAUCACAGAUUUUAGCUAAUGGUGAAUGUUAUGACCCUCGUGAAGAUUCGUGGAGUAAGGUAGCAAGUAUGGUGGUGCCUCGUUGUGAGUUUGGACUGUGCGCUUUGUAUGGGAACUUGUAUGCUGUUGGUGGUUGGGUGGGGGAGGAUAUUGGAGGGUCCAUUGAGAAGUAUGAUCCAGCACAAGAUGAGUGGAGACUUGAAGGAGAUUUACCAGAACCAAGAUUCAGCAUGGGUGUAGUCUCAUAUGAUGGUUUGAUUUACAUCGUGGGUGGCUGCACGCACAGUCGACGUCAUUUACAAGAUCUUCUAAGCUUUAACCCUGUAACAGGAGAGUGGUCGACACUGCCUCCAAUGUUGGUGCCUCGUAGUCAGAUGGGUGUGGCCGUGUUGGAUGGUUACCUCUAUGUUGUGGGUGGUACUAAUCGUCAUCAUGAAGUUCUGCAGUCAGUUGAGAGAUAUUCUUUUGAAGAGAAUAAGUGGAACAAAGUUCCGUCCAUGAAAGUGGGUCGUGCAAGUCCUGCGGUAGCAUCUGCCGAUGGGCUGUUGUAUGUUAUUGGUGGUGACCAGACACAUGAAGUGAACUUCUACAGGGCUCAGAUCACCAUCUCCUCUGUUGAAUGUUAUGACCCACUGGCAGACACAUGGCAUGACUGUCCGCCUCUGCCAGAGAGCCGCAGUGAGGCUGGUGCUGUUGUAGUUUGAUCAGUUAUGUUCACCUCACAGGGUAAGGUAAGGUCUCAAAAUGAAAGUACUUCAACCAGCAAUUAUUCAGUGUCAGAACAUAUGAGUAAUUUGGUCGUACAGUUCUCAUGAACAUCUCUUCUGUGAUUAUGGGCCUCAAAGUUAUCACUAUAAACUAAAUCAGAAUUCAUAAGAUUGGAUAAAGAAGUUCCAGAUUUUGAGGGGAAAAAGGAAUCAUUUUCAAUUAUAACACCAUUUUCUAAUGCAGCUGUUGUUGCCAUAAAAGGCCUAGAAUAACAUUAAGUAGAAAUUCAGUUUUUUCCCCAGUGUUACUGACAAAAAUCAGAACUGCAUUAACCUGUAAUCUUCUGCAUUUGGGUUUAAAAUUUCAAUUUUCUCUUCUAGAUGUGUCUGAGCCCUUACAGUUUUCAUAACCAUACCGUAACUAUAAAUUGUUAUAAAAGAAUACCCCACUCAUUAUUUAAUUUUAUUAUGUGUUUGUCGAAGAUUUAUCUUGGAAAUGUAAAUCUUAUCUACAAAAUUAUGAUUGUGUUAUUCCUUGUAUUUCUCUAUAAUACAUUGUAAUAGUUCAUGUUUAUAUCUUUCUAAGUACUUUGGAUAUAUUGUAGUAUGCUGUAGACUGUAUUUCUGAAGAAAAUUAAAUGCAAUAAUUUAUAAAGAAUUUGUAGCAAAAUUAUACAUAUGAAGGUAAAAAUAUUAUUACAUAGUUAGAAAUUACUGACAUCAAGAAGUGAAAUCUGCUGUGCAGAUUAAAAGUUGGAUUCCUAUAUCUUUAAUUGUUUUCUUCUUAACACUUUCACUGUUAUGCUGGUAAGUUCUGCAGUGACUCCCAAAGUGGUGAAUUAUUUUAAUUGUUUCAUAUUUUUUCCUUGAGGAAUCAGAUAUUUAAAUUUUUGGUUGGUGCCCCUGUGUCUGUUUUUAUGAAAAUGAUAUAAGUAAAGUCUUAUUUCUUUAUCACAUUGUAACUGAAAUGUGAACAUAUCAGUAGUUUAAACUGUUCCCAAAAGAUUACUGAAGCUUAUAGAUAGUUUUAGAGAAGACAGUAAAUACAGUUGACACAACAAAACUGUAAAUUUUAAAUGAUGUGUACUCAGUGUCAGUAAGGCAGAAUGACUCAGACGAAACUGACGUCAGUAUAUCUGAUGAUCCCUGCAGCAAAGAGGUUCAGUUGCUGACUGAUUCCUGCCCCAUUUUGAAAAUAUGACUUUCUAAUUAUUGAUGAUUGUGUUCUUUUGGGUUCUGGUGCCUUGUUGGCUGGUUGAUAGAUGCCAACAUUUCAGAGAAUUGUGUCAUCUCCAUCUUCAGAGCGAAAGUGACAAUGCUGGGGUUUAAGGGGAUUUUAUAGAGUGGCACGAAGGGAGGUCAAAAGAAAUGGGCUAGUCAGAAUGGAAAGAGGUAGAGAUUUAGCUGGGCCAAUGGGGAGACUUCAGGCAUCAGAGAAUUAGCAGUAUAUGGAGGGGGGAGGGUGGGAUAGAAGAAGAAAGCUCUUACCAGAGCCACCACAGGACAGGAUAGAUUCCUUGGUGAGAGAAUGUGUGUUCAUUCAGGUCUUGAAAAAGAGACUUCCAUAUCCAACUCAGGGAGAAGCCAUCUUCCCUCUUCUUCUUGUAGAGAAGAAACUCGAUCUCUAGUUAUUGGACUGUAUCACUUAAUAUUGUUAAAGUUAUGAGACUCCCAUCCGUUAUUCAUCAGGGUUUCAUGUUGCAAGUGAUUGUGGGAAUUAAAAUCCUGUAAUUUAUUUUUGAGUUCAUGAUAAGUAAGUUACGUUUUUAUAAACUUUUCACCAAUGUGACUGCUUGUUUAUUAUAUGAUAAACAUACAGAGUUAUAUUUCAAAGCUAAACUAUACAGAGUUUCACAAGAAGGUGUAUAACACAUUCAGUGAAUGAAAUAAAGACAUUUUAAUAAACUAAGUCAUUACAUACAUCGGCACUGACACUUAGUCAAUUAAAUCUAGUGUAGAUGUUCAAAAUGGCCACCAUAUUAUAAUGUGUAUAGAUCUUUUUGGGACAGCCUGUAUAUAAGAUAAUUAUAACUGUUCAUAAAAAGAUAGGGAGAAUCAACAUCACAGAUUGUUUAUUACUCCUUCCAAAAUUUUCCAGAUUAUUUUGCAAGUGAUCGCUUGAACAACUUACCAUUCUGUCAUUUCUAGAAUAUUUUGCUAACAUGCAUCAGAUUAUGCCAUAUUUUUUUCAGUGUAAGAAAAUGACAGCAGAUGACAGAGUAAUUGAAUUUUAACAAGGAACAAGGGAAUACUGAUUUUAAUAUUCUGAAAUGUAAUCUUUAAGAGAUUAAAUAUUACAAAUGAAAACUACAUAAUGACUAGAAAAGACUGGAACUUAUUUGAUAAUGCCUGUCUAUUCUUUGGUAGUAAUGUUCGUUUCAGACUGUUUUUAAUUCUAUAUAUUCAUCAUUAUUGAAAUAAUGGCUAACAAAGUGUUGGUGAUAAUGUAAGGUUAGGACAUGGUUUAAUUGGUCUUCCUGCAUAUGUUAUAAUUAUACUGCCACUCAUAAUUCAUACUUGAUACUUUAUGAAUUUUGCAGAUUGUUUAAUUUUUUCUUAAUAAUAAUAAUAAUAAUAAUUAUUAUUAUUAUUAUUGCUUUAAUCUGUGAUUCUUACAUUUACACUUAACAUUCUGACAGUGUGACUAUUUUUCCUUCAAAUAAUGUGCAGUUGUUAUUUUUUCUUUCCUCAUAAUAUUAAUUGUACUGUCUACUGUCAUGUUAAUGUUGUAAUAUGCCAAAAGAUGAGAUUGUUACUAAUGCAGCAUAAAAUAAGACUGUAGGCUGAUGUGUGCUGAAGUAUACUUGGGUGUACUUACAUAUGAAAUGACAUUGACUGGAGUAUGUAACAGGUUUAGUGUUACAUGUAUUUUUGUUUUCACCUUAUUCAACUGAAAAAUGUUGAUAGUUUCUUAAAUAAGAAUAUAAAGAAAUCAAACCACAGACAUAUUUGUGGUAAUGUGCUAAAGGUGGUAACAGAAAGAAAAUGUCCAAUUAAAUUACUUCUGAAGAUUUCUGUGUUCUGGGUUGUUGCGCUGUGUAGUCUCGUCGAUGUUAACAACGUUUCAGAGGUCAUACUGCCUCCAUCAUCAAGGCGAUGAAUAUGCCAGUAGGGGGUGUGGGGGUAGGUUUAUAGGAGCCGGACUGUGAAUGGAGUAGCCUGCCCCGAGCCAAUGGGAGCAGGCGAGGGAGUGGACCAAUAGGAGGACGUUGGCGAGUGUUAGAGAGGGAGAGAAGGAAAAGAGAGAGAGGGGGCUCGGGAAGUGCGUCCGGUGGGACAUCGGGAGGUCGGUUGAAUGUGAUCAGGGCCCUGAAAAGGGCCAGUUUAGUGGUCUGGUUGGUUCUGGCGGUGCACUCUGGAUCGCUCUCGGAGUCCUCGAAGAGUGUGAAUAAGUGGCUUCCAGGACCUCUGAAACGUUGGUAAACAUCAACCAGACUACGCAGCGCAACAACCCAGAAGACAGAAAUCUUCAUACUCACCUCAAACCUCAAAUCUUAAAUUACUUCUGUUUAAGUUUUAUGAUUGUGUAUCUGUCAGAUCAUAUCUAGUGCUAUAUUUUCAUUGCGUAACAGGUUUGUUUCUUUCAUAACCACUUUUUCCUUCUCUACCACAUUUUAUUGUUGUUAUUAUUUCAUUUUAGUCUUUUGUAACUAUUUUUUCCACUAUUUAAGCCAGUAUGGCACUGUCAGUAAUGUGACUCACUAUGGA